CCCCCUCUCCCUCCCGGCCGGUCCUCUCACCCAGUCCUCCCCUCACACCGGCCUCCUCGGGCGCCCUCGCUCCCAUCCUCCUCCUCCCCCCGGCCCGGCCCUGCCCCGCGGCCCUCUCCUCGGCCGCCCCAGUCUGGUCCAACUCCCUUGCCUCCCUCCCCUGGUCCAGCUCGCUGCCCCAUCAUCCCCGCCCUAGCCCCUUUGUGCCCCUGGCCCUCGCUUCUCCCUCUCCUCCCUGGGCUGUGCCGGCCCUUCCCCAGCCCCAACUCCCUUGGGCUGGGCCUGCCCGGCCCUGCUCGGCAGUCUAGAGCCACCAUGCUGACCCCCAUGGUGGCCGGGGGGGUGGUGUUCCCCGGACUCUUCCUCCUCUCCAAGAACACGCUCCAGCGGCUGCCCCAGCUGCGCUGGGAGGAGGCCGACGCCGUGGUUGUCUCAGCCAGGCUGGUGUCCUCUGUCCAGGCCAUCAUGGCCUCCACCGCUGGCUACAUCGUCUCCACCUCCUGCAAGCACAUCAUUGAUGACCAGCACUGGCUGUCCUCUGCCUACACGCAGUUUGCAGUCCCCUACUUCAUCUACGAUAUCUACGCCAUGUUCCUGUGUCACUGGCACAAGUGCCAAGUCAAAGGGCACGGGAGGGAUGACGGGGACGCCCGAGCCCCCGGGAGCACCUGGGCCGUGGUGCGCGGCUACCUGCACAAGGAGUUCCUCAUGGUGCUCCACCACGCUGUCAUGGUGCUUGUGUGCUUCCCGCUCUCAGUGGUGUGGCGACAGGGCAAGGGGGACUUCUUUCUGGGCUGCAUGUUGAUGGCGGAGGUGAGCACCCCCUUCGUCUGCCUUGGCAAGAUCCUCAUCCAGUACAAGCGGCAGCACACGCUGCUACACAAGGUUAACGGAGCCCUGAUGCUGCUCAGCUUCCUGUGCUGCCGGGUGCUGCUGUUCCCCUACCUGUACUGGGCCUACGGGCGCCACGCCGGGCUGCCGCUGCUCGCCGUGCCGCUGGCCAUCCCCGCGCACGUGAACCUGGGCGCCGCGCUGCUGCUGGCCCCCCAGCUGUACUGGUUCUUCCUCAUCUGCCGCGGGGCCUGCCGCCUCUUCCGGCCCCGAGGCUGUCCGCCACCCUCUCCUUGUCAGACCCAGGACUGAGAGCGGGGGUGGGGGCCCAGGGACCCUCCCCGCCCCGCCCCCGUGGGGACAGAGCUCUGGGGCCGAUGGGUGGGGUGGGGAGGGGCCGGGACGGACAGAUGGACUCGGUACGGGAAGGGGCCUUCUUCCCUCAGGGUCGCUAAAGGCAGGGACCAGGUGACC